AACCAUUAGGUGAGACACAUAACUGGAACCCCAAGAGAAUUCCCUGGAAGGUUCUUCUACAAUAUUAUACAUUCAAUGCCAUAGCACUUUGCCACUUAACAACUCUUGAUCUUAAAAGCUUUUGUCACUGAAACUGUCUUGGAGCCAAUUGUAGCAGUUGAAUCAUAUUCACACAAUGAGGCUUGUCAUCUCAGCUCUUUGUGUUGCUGUGUUAUUCUCCUGGGCGGUUGCUUAUGAUCCUUUGGAUCCAAACGGAAACGUAACAAUCAAAUGGGAUGUCAUGUCUUGGACACCAGAUGGCUAUGUGGCUGUGGUAACACUUCACAAUUUCCAAAUGUUUCGGCACAUCAUGAAUCCUGGAUGGACCUUGGGAUGGACAUGGGCCAAGAAAGAAGUUAUUUGGUCCAUGGUAGGAGCUCAAGCCACAGAACAAGGAGACUGCUCUAAGUUCAAAGGCAACAUACCUCAUUGUUGCAAGAAAACUCCCACAAUUGUGGACCUUCUCCCUGGUGUUCCCUACAACCAGCAAUUUUCAAACUGUUGUAAGGGUGGAGUGGUGGCAGCAUGGGGCCAAGAUCCUUCACAAGCCAUCUCAUCCUUCCAAGUGAGUGUAGGCCAAGGUGGCACCUCAAACAAGACAGUUAAACUCCCCAAGAACUUCACUCUCUUGGCUCCAGGACCAGGCUACACUUGUGGCCCUGCAAAGGUUGUUCCUUCCACCACUUUCCUUACACCUGACAAGCGCCGCAAGACUCAAGCACUAAUGACAUGGAAUGUUACCUGCACAUACUCACAGUUUCUGGCAAGAAAGAAUCCAAGUUGUUGUGUAUCUUUGUCAUCCUUCUAUAACGAAACCAUUACCACUUGUCCCUCUUGUGCCUGUGGCUGCCAGAACAAGAAGAAUUGUGUGAAGAGUGACUCCAAAAUUCUGAGCAUGGUGGGGGUUCACACUCCAAAGAAAGACAACCAACCAUUGCUGCAGUGCACGCAUCACAUGUGUCCAAUCAGGGUCCACUGGCAUGUGAAGCAGAAUUAUAAGGACUACUGGCGAGUCAAGAUCGCUGUAACAAACUUUAAUUACAGGAUGAAUUACUCCCUCUGGACUCUUGCUAUUCAGCAUCCAAAUCUUAACAAUCUCACCCAAGUUUUCAGUUUUGAUUACAAGCCUCUUCUUCCCUAUGAGUCCAUAAAUGACACUGGCAUGUUCUAUGGCAUGAAGUACUUCAAUGAUCUUCUAAUGGAAGCUGGACCAACUGGGAAUGUUCAAUCAGAGUUGCUUCUUCAGAAGAACAAGGAUACAUUCACAUUCAAACAGGGGUGGGCAUUUCCUCGCAAGGUCUACUUUAAUGGUGAUGAAUGCAUGCUUCCCCCACCUGACACCUACCCCUUUCUCCCUAACUCUGCACCUGCAAGCCUACUUACCUUCCCAGCAUUUAUUUUCCUAUUGCUUUUCAUGCUAGCAGUUUGGUAAAUUGGUGCAUAGUGUAUCAGAAUUUUGUGAAAAAUUUGAAACCAUGUAGUCCUUCAGUGAUAACGUGACAAUAGGCAUGAAUACUCAGAUUCUUUGGAAGCAUCAAGCCAAUAAGACGACUGUGUUUUCUGACAUGUGAGCACCAAAGGGAUGACAAAUGUAAAUCUCAACAAGGUUUUGUCUGAAUCAUAGAUUCAUGAUAUUAUUAUUGCAAUGCCAUAAUGAAU